GCAGUUAGGGUAGAUCUUCAUAAGGCAGGUAGUAUUGUCGGUUGUCGAAUCGUUUAUGUAAUCUUUCCUAUAUCAUAAUUGUAAGAUCGUAAUAAAAUCAGCGUUAAAAAAAAAUUGUAUAUGAUGACACUGACUUGGUAUAUUACUAUAAGCCACAACUUGGGUAAUUACAACCCAUUUUUGUGUAAAGUAAUUAAGAUCGAGGAAAGAAAAAAUAAAAAAAUAAAUAUCCCUAUCUUUACAACUCUUUUUUUUACUGUACUUUUUAACUCUGUUUUUUGAACUUGGAUAUACAUGUAUAUUUUGUAACAAAACUGGGUAUAUUUGUUAUUUUAUUAUUUUCACAACUCUAAUUUUCCUACAUAAAAAGUGAGUUAGCUCCAUGCCCAAAUCUCAUGACCACACAAAAUUAGCAAACAAAUAAAAAACCAGAACAGAAAAAAAUAGAAAAGAAACAGAAAGAAGAGCAUGCAAAGAACAUGGCAUCAUAUCUCCAUGUCGUAAGCUUCAUAGGUUUUCUCUCUAUCCUUAGAUUACUCUAUCCUCUCCUGAAAUGGUUCAUCACGAGAUUCCUCCUCACUGACCCCAGGCGACUCAAGAGUUAUGGCUCGUGGGCUAUGGUCACUGGAGCCACAGAUGGGAUCGGACAAGCCUUUGCUCACGAGCUGGCAAAACACGGCCUUAACCUCGUCCUAGUCAGCAGAAACCCUUCGAAGCUAGCUUCUGUCUCCGAUGAUUUCAGACAAGAAUUUCCCCAAAUCAAGAUCAAGAUCAUUCCCUUUGACUUCUCCUCUGAAAGAGGAUAUGAAGCAAUCGAGGAGGGAAUCAGAGGCCUUGAAGUUGGAAUUCUGAUAAACAACGUUGGUAUAACUUAUCCACGAGCCAUGUUCUUCCACGAGGUUGACGAACUCACAUGGACCAAAAUCCUUAGGGUUAAUCUUGAAGCCACCACUUGGGUCACAAGAUCUCUCAUCGGACCAAUGCUUCACCGCCGUCGAGGAGCUAUCAUAAAUAUUAGCUCCGGCGCCGCAGUUGUUGUCCCUUCGCAUCCACUCUAUGCCAUCUACGCCGCCACCAAAGCUUAUGUUGAUAAACUAUCAAGAUCUUUGCAUGUGGAAUAUAAGCAGUUUGGUAUCCACGUCCAAUGCCAGGUGCCGUUAUACGUGGCAACGAGGAUGGUGUUAGAAGUAGCAGAUAUAGAUAAACCAAGCUUCUUUGUACCAUCGCCGGAAGUAUAUGCAAAAGCGGCGGUGGAGCAGAUCGGAAUUGGAUCACGAUGCUCUCCAUUUUGGGCUCAUUCACUUCAGUGGUUUCUCGCUGGUCUUUUGCCGGAGAACCUUCUUGAUACUUGGCGUCUCUCUAUCGGUCUUCGUAGAAGAAGCUUGUCUUAGUUCGCUGGCCCUAUCAUGUUUUAGGUUUUAUAAGCUAUCUUUUCGGGUCCUUUUAAUUACUAUAACUUUUCUCUCUUAGGUUCUGCAAUAACUAAACAUGAAUAAAUCAACAAAAGUUUAAAUGACUUCCAAAAUAAACAUUACAAUUUUUUUUUAAGAACUUGUUUUAAA